CCUAACAAGCCGAGAAAAACAACAAUGGUUUAAUAUGUUAAAUUUCGCAUAUUUAUUCCAAUUUGUUCGUCUUUUGUGUGCAACCAGUGUUUUUCUCGUGUAAUUAGCAACAAAAAUGUCCUAAAGUUCCUCGGUAUUUCCGAAAAAGCAGUGAGAAAACGUGCAAAAACAGUAAGACGCAUCCGCUGAGUCGCAAUGGAAACGAAAUUAGAAGUGAAAACAAAGGAAAGUCCGAAGAAUCCGGAAGCAAAGAAAAGUGAUAGCUCCAAGUCGUCGUCGCAUCAUCAUCGACACCGCGAUCAUCAUCACAAGAGCUCCUCCAAGGACAAGGAUCGCGACAAGGAGCGUUCUAAAGACAAAGAAAAGGAUCGAAAACGUCGAAGAAUUGCAUCAGACAGCGAAGAAGACGAAAUAAAGCGAAAAUCGGUGCCCAAUAGCACGGAAAAAUUGUACAAAAGUCACGACAAGUCCUCGAACAAUCAUCAGCAGGACAAGGAAAAUGUCAAGGGGACCGCAAUUGUCGAACAACUCAAGCCUCUGGAGAUAAAUGGAGGGCAUCCGAGUCCAAUUCCGCCUCAAUUACCGUCGCCAUCGCUCAUAAAUCACCCGAAUAUUUACUUAACUUAUGGAAAAUUUGUGCCAGACACCACCGAAGUGAAAAAACAAGAAGUCUUCAUCAAGAAGGAAUACUUGCCGGCGCCCCCAAAGCUCUUGGCGAAGGAAAAAACACGUGACGAUGUCACGCGAACCUUGAAUUUUGGUCAAACGACGAGUCAAUUGACGAAUGGAAGUGCUACGACAAACGGCGUGCAUGCCGCAAAUGAAGCAAGUACAAAUAUUCUCGUGAAACACGAAACGCCGAAGCUAAAAACGGAGACAGAAAUCAAAAAGGAGCCUCUUGAACAACAGGAAAUCAAAAAAAUCCACAGUGAUACGCCUCAAACAGUCCCCGAAACGCCCCCAAAUGGCAAAAUAUCCGCGGAAAAAUCAGAAAAAAAGGAUCGCGACAAGCACAAAUCCUCCUCGAGUCAUCACAAGUCGUCGUCAUCUCACCGUAACAGCAGCAGCAGUCACUCAAGUAGUCGAAAAGACUGUUCCCGAUGUUAUAAGCGAUCGAAAAUUAAGCGUGCCAAUAUCGGGAUUCAAUGUCGUCGCGACAAAACCGCGUCAAGUACAGCCACAGAGCCCAUUUCUCAGAAUUUUGGCGCCCCGACACCCACAAAUCGCAUCCCAACCGUCAACCGGGACACAAAUUGCAUCCGCACAGGUCUCGAGGGCCUCAAAUACGGCAAAUUUAUGCGAAUUGAAGUGCAUCCCAAUGGCGGUGCGUCGUUCGUGCAUCUCUAUCAGGACGAAAUUAAUUCACUUUCGCCCACGGAAAUGGACGAACUCGUCGAGGAAUUCUUCAAAGUUGUCUUCAGCGAGGACGAGAAUGGCUUUGCGCAUCACAUUAUGGGCAUUGUGCACGAUGCCGCCGCCUAUAUACCCGAUUUGCUCGAACACAUGGCGGAAAAUUACGCAAAUUUGACGGUAAAGGCGGGCGUGCUCGGCAGAAAUAACGACAUCGAGACAUGCACGAUGCACGAAUACAAUGAACAUGUGAUAAAGAAUUAUGGGCAUGGCACGAUACGGUAUGGCCCGUUGCAUCAAAUCAGUAUUGUUGGCAAGGUGCACGAAGAAGUUGGCGGAUAUUUUCCAGAUCUCAUCGCGCGUAUUGAGAAAAAUCCGUUUUUGUAUCAGACGAUGCCCUGGGGGCCCCUCUCGAUACUCAAAAUGGAUCCCCGUUUAUCGAAUGAUGGUCCAAUUUUGUGGAUCAGACCGGGAGAACAGCUAAUACCGACAGCUGAGUUGAGUAAAACUCCGUUGAAGCGACAGAGGACACGCAUUAAUGAGUUGAGAAACUUGCAAUAUUUGCCUCGAGUUGCUGAACAACGUGAAAUAAUGUUUGAAGAUCGAACGAAAGCUCAUGCGGAUCAUGUUGGGCAUGGUCUUGAUCGAAUGACGACAGCUGCAGUUGGUAUCUUAAAAGCCGUUCAUUGCGGCGAAAAACCCACGCAAAAUCGCAUCACAAAAGACGUCGUUGCCUUUGCGGCGCAACACUUUAACGAGCUCGUCGAAAAGCUUCAGCUGGAUUUGUACGAACCACCGAUAUCGCAAUGCGUGCAAUGGAUCGAAGACGCCAAACUGAACCAGCUGCGUCGCGAGGGCAUCAAAUACGCGCGCAUCAAUUUGCACGAUAACGACAUUUAUUUUUUGCCGCGCAACAUCAUCCAUCAAUUCCGCACCGUGACAGCCGUCUCGAGCAUUGCCUGGCAUUUGCGCCUCAAGCAAUACUAUCCCGAUCAGGAAGUUGUGAACGAACUCGCGCACAAUUACGAGAUCCAGACGCCGCAUUAUCGCGAAAAACAAACGAUUUUGCCGCAUCCCGUGUCGGAAGAGAAACGAACGCCCGCCAAACAUCGCGAUGGCGUCAAACCAAAAUCCGCGAAGAAAAACAAGUCGGAAAAGAAGAGACCGCCAUUGUCGCAAGAAGGAAUUGAUAUGCGAAAGAACGAAAUGAGUGUCGAAGAGGAAAAAGCGCGGAAGGAACGACGCAAGGAAAAAUAUCGAGAAAAGCAUAAGAAAGAAAAACGAUCAAAAUCCAAAGAAAAUUCCGCCUCAUUCCCGUCAAACGUCAAUUCAGUGGUGCAAGAAACCCCUUUUCAGCAAGAAGUCCCAGCAUUCCUCCAUCCGCAAAAUAAUUUCGUUCAAAUGGAGCCGGAAGCUCUGAUCGAAACGGAAAUAAUUCACGAAGAAGUUGUGAUGCAAGACGACGAAAUCCCCUACGUUGGCAAUAUCGCGGUCGAAGUCGAGGCAGAAUCCGAACCGUUCCUUACAAAUGGCGACACUUCACCUCCAAACACGACGAUGACGACGACGACGACGGAACCGCAAGCAGAUCUCCUUAACACAAUUAUCUCAAAUAUGUCGUCAGAGAAAUCUGCGCCGCAAACAAACGAUUAACGUGAUUUCUUACACAAUUUUUAUCAUUCUUACACAAAACCCCACAUUUGUUGAUUAAUUACGUAAGAAACAGAAGAAAAAGCUGGAAAUUUAAGGAAAUGUGUCAUUAAAACGAAAAUUGUUACACAAAAAAAAACACACAUACACGCAUAUAGAAUCUAGAAGAUAUAGAUUUGUAAGUGAUUUUGAAUCGUUAGAAAAAUCUUGUUGGUCUUAGUCCGCGAGAAAACGUAGAAAUUUAAUUUAUUAUUCGUGCUAGGAUAGUUAACACAGUUUAAAGAAAAAAGUUUUUCAACUUUCUUUUUUUUUAAUAAUUUAAAUUAAAUUUUAAAUCCCUUAAGUUUCACGGUAUUCAAAAAAAAAAAACUUGAAACGAGCUCGAAAUGGUCCAUCAAAGUUUUCUUCUUAUCAAAAACGCCAAAGCUUUAGCCUGUAUAAAUUUAUGAUGGAUCUCGUCGUGUAUUUAUUAGCAACUGCAAUUUUUUGUCUGCCGUGCUUCCAAAAAAAAAUACUUUAACCCCAAAAUAUUUUAAUUUCUUGACUUUCUCUGAAUUAAAUUUUUUUUUAUUUAAAAAAAAAAAAGAAAAAUUAUAUAAAUUAUAUAUAUAUGAAGAAAGCUUUCGUGUGGCAAACAUUUAAUGGUAAUUUUAAGAUUUAAAAAAAAAUUAGAAACAUUCGGAUUUUUCGAAAUUUAAAAAAAAAAAAAUAAAAUAAAAUUCUUUGCUCUGAAAGAGAAUUUAUAAAUUAAUAAUAUUUAAUAUAAUAAUUGCAAAAAAAUACAACUUAAAUUCUUUACUUUAAU